ACUAAAAUAUCACACUUUAUUUUUGAAUCGAGAGUGACGCCUAAGCUAACGGGAAUCGUAAAUUUAUUUAUAUUUCUGUAAAUUCAAAAUAAGAGAAAUGGCGUCAUUUUGUAAGAAAAUGCUGGAAAUUGGAAUAUUUUUAAUUUUAUUUUCAUCUUUAAAUGCUAAAGAAAUAAAUCUAGUAAACAGUACACUCGCUUGCGGACCUGAUCGCCCGUUACUUGUGACGGAAAAACUUGGUUAUCUGACAUCGCCUGGCUUUGAUAAUUUCCACUACUAUCCAGCCAACAAAAACUGUUCAUGGACUUUAAAGGCGCCAGAAGGAAAGGUUAUUGUAUUAAAAAAACUGUAUUUUGCUUUGAAUAUGGAUUGUGGUACAGAUGCCCUCUUGCUAUCUGACGGUGAAGCUCCCAACCGUAAACUGGUGGGGAAAUAUUGUGGUUACUGGAUGCCAGGCAGCCACAAAUCCAAGACCAAUGUUCUGCAUUUGAAUUUUGUGAGUGGUCGAACGCCUCGUGAUGUUGGUUUCCAUUUUUAUUUUGAGCAAGCAUUGCCUACAGUGGUGUGCAGUGAUGACGAAGUAACGUGUCGACAUCGCACUAAAUGUGUUCAGACCUCAAAAAAGUGCGACGGAGUAGACGACUGUGAUGAUGGCACAGAUGAAGAGAACUGUGAUAAGGCCUCAAACAAGACGAGUGAAGAAUGUGGUGUGCCGAAAAUCACACCAGUGUCCUCCAGUACUCCAAAUCCAGUGCAAGCACCGGCAAUCGGUAUUAUUCAGUACAUUGUGGGAGGUGAAGCUGCAGUUCCAGGUAGCUGGCCGUGGCAGGUGUCCCUAAGAAUUACCGGAAACGAACCUCUAAGUCACUGGUGCGGAGGAGUACUCAUCAGCAGUCAGUGGCUCUUGACGGCUGCCCAUUGCUUUAAAAGUGGUAGACUGGAUGUCCGUUACUGGAAUGUGAUGAUGGGGAAACAUUUCAAACUAGUUCCGGACGAGACAGAACAAAUCAGAUACAUGAAAUCCAUUCACGUCCAUCCCUUAUACAGAGGCUUCAAUGAAACUAAACUGUCGAUCCCUUGGCUAAGACGGAAGCAGCAUGAUCUUGCUCUGGUAAAGUUGAACGCUCCAGUCACUGUAACUGACUAUGUGAUGCCAGUCUGCUUACCUCCCGCUAAUUACAGUCUCACACCCGGAACAUUGUGUUACGUCACUGGAUGGGGAGACACAUACAAUACUGGUGCUGAAUUGGAAUUGAAACAAGCUGUUGUACCUGUUAUAUCUCUUGAACAGUGUAGGAAGUGGCACAGGUUUUAUGACGUUGCACCAACAAUGAUUUGUGCAGGACAUCCAGAAGGCGGUCACGACUCGUGUCAGGGCGAUAGUGGAGGACCCUUGGUUUAUUCUGAAGAUAGGAAAAAAUGGCAUUUGGGUGGAAUUGUGUCCACAGGUGGAUCCAUUUGUGCAGAAAAAGAACAACCAGGAAUAUACACUCUUGUACCUUACUAUGUUGACUGGAUUCAAAAAGUCAUGAAAUCGAACUAAAUAUUAUUUAUUUCUGUGUUAAGAGGGUUAUGCUGUUGUUUUAGAAGUCAUGGAUUUUUUGAUCAAUAAAUAAUUUAUUAUUUUUAAACAAGU